UAAGGAGGUUGAUAGCCAACUGGCCCCUUGACGUGGAUGGUUUCACCUACAGACAGCGCGAAACAAACAAACCAAACCAAAACAAAACAAAUUCUCACUAGUUAGCCCCCCACGAAAUUCACUCAGAUCACCAGACGGUUACUCCAUUUCUUUGUCUUCAAUCGAAGAUCAAUUGAUUUGAUUCAUUAUUCAAUCUAUUCAGCUGUUCAAGAUUGAUGACCACCACAAGAUUUCACUUAAACGUUAGAUAUCCAACAAGACAGUUUAUACAGUUCCUUUGAAGAUCACGUUUAACAGCUUGAAAAUGAAUCUUUCGGUUUUCAAUUCUAGAAAUAUCGUUCACCUUAUUUCCUGAGUUACAAGAUCACUUAAUCAGUUCUCUUAAUAAUGGAAGAUUCAUUUCGAAAUCAUGUUCCAACCACAAGCCAUAAAGCAGCAGGCUCCACGACCAGCAGAAAAGAUUCCACAUUAACUUUGGACGCGUCUGGCUCCAAGUCUCUUUCACACGUAUCUCUAAAGAAAAUACCUUUAUUAAUUAACAGCGGGAAAAUGAGAAAAUCGGCUGCGAUUGACGUGACGUUGUUUUUACUGAAAGUUGGUGCGUUGGAGGCCGUAAGGAGAUUAUCAAAGGCCCGGUACCCUUUUGUAUGGUCCGGUCUUCAGGCUUUGCAAGUUCUCUGCUAUCCACCGCUGAAAUGGCUCCAAAAAUGGGACCCGUUCAGUAAAUUGAUUAAAGGGGUGCAGAUGUUAUCAAGGCCAUUACUAGUGCUAUCUAUUGCAACAACUUUCUCUAAUCACUCUGGACAAAACACUUUUGAUUCAGAUGAUACAGAGAAUUCAGAUAGAAGUGAUCAUGAUGCGGUUCCAGAAUCACGACCCGAGUUGCCUCCUACACAGGCCUCUAUAGAUAGGAGGGACGAUGGUGAAGCUCAGCCACAUCAAACGUCUUCAGAUUGGCUGCUUGAUCUUUACAGAGAGCUGGACAACCAAGGUGUUCAUUUGCCAGAAAGAAUAAACGAGGAUGAGCUUUGUAGGUUUCAUACUGCCGCAAAUGGUGAUUUUUCAUGUUUGCUUACAUUAGUCAAAAAGUCAAUACGUUGGCGAGAGACGUACAGAAUUCUCUCAGAAGAAGAACUCGAUAUGUUUUCAAAUAUGGUGUUUUGGCAUGGAUCUGACGUUAAAAACCGCCCCUGUCUUAUCAUUCGUCUCGUUGCUUGCAUCAGCUUGCCACCUAGUGAAAGACCUCGUUUUGCACAAGCAAUUGUAUCUCAGGUGGAACACGGAAUAUUACAUUUGGUUGACGCGGAAAAUCCGCAGAUCACAGUAUUGGUGGAUUGUGAAGGAUUGUCCCUAAGAUUCCCGAUGCAACUACUUAGAUCGUGUUCGGUUACUCUGCAAGAAAACUAUCCCAAUCGUCUCGGCUGUUUGUUUGUUAUCCGGCUUCCUCCGGUUGGUAGAGUGAUUGCACAAACCUUCAUUCAAGUUCUCAGACCUGCAACCCGACAAAAGCUUAAAAUAGUAGGGCGAGCGUACAAAACCACCCUCUCAGAGUACCUCCAAACAUUCCCGUCAUAUCUAGGUGGAGAAUGUGCAUGCUCAAGAUGCUCAAAGCUUAGCAAUUCCCACAGGCAGCUUCCUCAAUUCGACGAAAUUACCAACAACCGACAGUUAGAUGGAACGGGAUUUGAAAGAUUAGGUCCGGAUCAUGAGUUUGGUUACGCGAAUGAAGGGUGUGAGCGGGUAUUAAGAUCUGCAGUUGUUGGGAUUCUCAUGGUAUGGGUGUUGAUUGCCCUUAUUGCUGGAAUAGUUGACCCUGAAAGUCGUCCCAGUUUAGGAGGUAUGAGUUAAUAAUAAUCCAUAUUUCAUUAGGUACUUUAUAUCAUGCAAUAAUGAUCAAUGUUUAAAUAAGAACCCAAGUUAAGGAGACCCGAAUAUAUGGAAGUAAGUAUACUUGUAGAUGUCUUAUAAAUAAUAUAAUAUUACUUGUCUCUUCUUUCUUAUU